CUUAAAAAUCAGGUUUUGGGAGGUUAGUAAUAAAAUAGAGGAAGAAAUAAACUGUUAAAUGCAGUCCGAGGAUGCUGAAGUCCAUUGAAUGAUCACUGUCGCGGCGAACGAUAAGUGCGUGUAUCGACUGAUAAAAUGCAUGUUUCAUCAUGAAAUAAAUACUUGAAGUGCAUUCAUUAAAAUGCUUCUUUUUGGCAAGCUGCGAGAAAGCGACGAUCGGUGAAGUAAAAGUGCGGUUUCGCAGAAGAUAAACCAAACUCUUCGUCUCAAAUAACCGCCCCCAGAGAUCCACGUCCAUGAUCAGCGUCACCGAGCCGAUGUCACGUUGGAUUUCAGUUGCUGCAUCCGAGUGGUAGCGGGCAGAGAGAAUGUGCUGAGAACACGCUACCAGUGUCACAUUUUGCAGCAAGGAUAUCUUGCCCUUCAUACCUCAUCUGCAUCCACCGAAAGUUCAGAAUGUAAUAGGCUUCUCUCCGCACCGUUCAGUAUUAAAGCUCCCUCUCUCAUCUCUUCAAUCACUUGGUUCGACUAUGGGCACCGCGGUGGUAAUCGCAAGCGAAGACAUGGGUUCUAAGUGCAUGUUACACUCCUCGGAGGAAUGCAGCCCUACGUUACCCCAAAACAGCACUUUCCCAAACAUCUCUUCCUUUUGGGAAAACAACACCGAUUUCUUUGACUUUCACAGGGAGGACACCGUGGGCACACUAAUCCCAAUCAUCAUCACCGCUGUCUACUCAGUGGUUUUUGUAGUGGGUUUAGUGGGCAACUGUCUGGUUAUGUACAUGAUCAUCAGAUACACCAAGAUGAAGACUGCCACAAAUAUCUACAUUUUCAAUCUUGCUGCAGCAGAUGCUCUUACCACAAGCACAAUGCCAUUCCAGAGUGCUUACUAUUUAAUGGGGUCAUGGCCUUUUGGCGAUGUGCUGUGUAAAAUAGUAGCCUCCAUUGAUUAUUACAACAUGUUCACAAGCAUCUUCACGUUGACAAUGAUGAGUAUUGAUCGAUAUAUAGCUGUGUGCCAUCCAGUGAAGGCAUUAGAUUUCCGCACUCCUUUAAAUGCCAAAAUAGUAAAUGUUUGCAUCUGGCUCAUUGCCUCUGUUAUUGGUGUACCCGUUAUAGUGCUGGGGACCACAAAGAUAAGUAAUGAUGGCAUUGAAUGUGCAUUGCAGUUUCCAAAUCACUACAAUUACUGGGACGCAGUACUGAAAAUCUGCGUGUUCAUCUUUGGCUUUGUCAUACCAAUUUUCAUCAUCUCUGUAUGCUACAGCUUGAUGAUAAUGCGUCUGAAGAGUGUGAGACUGCUAUCUGGCUCCAGAGACAAAGAUAGGAAUCUGCGCCGAAUCACACGGAUGGUUCUCAUUGUUGUUGCAGUUUUCAUCAUCUGCUGGACUCCCAUUCAUAUUUUCCUGUUGGUCGAUUCUGUGGUAAAUGUGCCAAACACUUCAGCAGUAUCUGCCGGCUAUUAUUUUUCGGUUGCACUUGGAUACACCAACAGCAGUCUCAACCCCAUUCUCUAUGCUUUUCUUGAUGAAAAUUUUAAAAGAUGCUUCAAAAACUUUUGUUGUUCUUCAGGGCUGAAGUUGGAAUUGCAGACCAGUGGCAGAGUAAGGAUCGCCACGCAGAAUGCCGCAAAGUUUUGUGAUAACAUAGGGAACUCCAACCAAGACGUAUGACUAGGAGUGGAAAUGUCAUCUUUCUCACCAGGAGUUAGAGAUGACAUCCAAAGUAUAGCACUGACUCAAAUUACUUCUGCAGUUUAGUUUUUGGGUGGAUGUGGCCGUUCGGUAGUAUGUAAUAGUUUUUGGUGGAUGUGGAGCGUAUGUUUCCACUAAACAGCACUGUUUGAAAAUGAAGGGUGGCCCUUAAGACAGAUGAGGGGAAUUUAUUUUGAGAAUCAUAGAUACUCUCUUUCUCAAAAGACAAUGCAAGUAGAACCAUAACUUUUGUAAGGUAGGGUUAGAUGGAUUCCACUGAUGGUAAACUGAAAUACUGAGAUAAGAGUAUGGUCAUAUCAACCACAAUCGCAUUAGGUGUUACAGUAGAUGUGAGUACCCUUUUAGUGUUCAUAUAUAAGAGAUUGUCAUCAGAUUGUACAGAAAGCUGGGUUUUAUUUUGAUACCCUUAUUCUCAGCACAAAAUCACACACACUUGCCAUUUAACCAUCUUAGCUGUAUAAUUAGCAUUUAUUCUAAAUUGGUACUCAACAUUCCCAUUUCAUGGGAAAUGGAGCAUCAAAUUAAUUUGGCAGGCAUUUUAUAGUGAUUGCUGCAAUGGUUAUAAUUGGAAUCAUUGUGCAUGUGAUUCCAAUGUUUUUUUCAGGAGCUGCCAUGUCAGAUAAAGCAAAGAGCAAAUGACAUGUUUGUGAUGUUUAGAGAUACAGCAUGUAAGCAGGUCCUUUGGCCAAUCAAAUCCACACUGACCAUCGAUCUCCAGUUCAUAUACAUUUAAUGUUAUCCCACCUUCACAUCUGCUCUCUACGCUUUAGGAGGAAUUUUACAGAGGUCAAUUAAGCUACAAACCCACACAUCAUUGAGAUGUGGGAGGAAACCAGAGCACCCAGAGGAAACCCCAUGCAGUCACAGGUAGAAUGUGCAAACUCCACACAGGUUGUCAGGAUCAAACCCGGGUCUCUGGUGCUCUGAGGUAGUGGCUCUACCAGCUGCAUCAAGGUGCCGCAAAUCCUGCUGAUCUAGGCCUAUUGCCUCUGGUCUGUGACCAUGGGCUCCGCACAUCUAUUUGCCUGCUGCAUGUGAAUGGCCUAUUCUAAUGGCCCACAGCAUUGCAGACUACAGUGGCAUGACCUGUGCACUCACAAGACCUUUAAUGGUGGAGUGAGAAAACUCUGCCCUGAAAAUGCUAUCGACAGAGGUGAAAAUAACUUAAUUUUCCAAUUGCUGUGAUCAUAUUAUUAAUAUUACUGAGUUAACCCAUUUGUACACAUCAUGCUGAUUACAUUUUUUGAGUCAUAGAGUCAUAGAGUGAUACAGUGUGGAAACAGACCCUUUGGCCCAACUCGUCCACAUCGGCCAACAAAGUCUCAGCUACAUUAGUCUCACUUGCCUGCGCUUGGUCCAUAUUCCUCCAAACCUGUCCUAUCCAUGUAGCUGUCUAAUUGUUUCUUAAACAAUGUGAUAGACCGAGCCUCAACUACCUCCUCUGGCAAUUUGUUCCAUACACCCACCACCCUUUGUGUGAAAAAGUGACCCCUCGGAUUCCUAUUAAAUCUUUUCCCCUUCACUGUGAACCUAUGUCCUCUGGUCCUUAAUUCCCCCACCCUGGGCAAAAGACUCUGAGCAUCUACCCAAUCUAUUCCUCUCAUGAUUUUGUAUAACUCUAUAAGAUCACCCCUCAUCCUCCUGCACUCCAUGGAAUAGAAACCCAGCCUACUCAACCGCUUUGUAUAGCUCACACCCUCUAGUCCUGGCAACAUCCUCAUAAAUCUUUCCUGAAUCCUUUCAAGCUUGACAAUAUCUUUCCUAUAACAUGGUGCCCAGAACAGAACACAAUAUUCUAAAUGUUGUCUCACCAACGUCUAGUACAACUGCAACAUGACCUCCCAACAUCUAUAUUCAAUACGCUGACUGAUGAAGGUCAAAGUGCCAAAAGCCUUUUUGACCACCUUAUCUACCUGCGACUCGUCCUUCAAGGAACCAUGCACCUGUACUACUAGAUCCCUCUGCUCUACAACACUACCAUUUACUGUGUAGGUCCUGCCUUUGUUCGUCGUCCGAAAAUGCAACACCUCACUUUUCUGCAUUAAAUUCCAUCAACUAUUCCUCUGACCACCUGGCCAAUCGAUCCCAAUCCUGCUGCAAUAUUUCACAACCAUCUUCGUUAUCUGCAAAACCACUAACUUUUGUAUCUUCAGCAAACUUGCUAAUGUUUAUCAUCUAUAUCCAUAUCAUUGAUGUAGAUGAUAAACAGUCACGGGCCCAGCGCCAAACUCUGAGGCACACUACUAGUCACAGUCCUCUAGUUUGAGAAGCAACCUUCCAUCAUAACCCUCUGCUUCCUUCCAUGGACCCAAUUUGCUAUCCAUUCAACUAUCUCUCCUUGGAUCCCAUGCGAUCUAACCUUUCAGAGCAGCCUACCGUGCGGCUCCUUGUCAAAUCCUCCUCCGAGGACGGUGGAGGCAGGUUCUCUGGAUGCUUUCAAGAGAGAGCUAGAUAGGGCUCUUAAAAAUAGUGGAGUCAGGGGAUAUGGGGAGAAGGCAGGAACAGGGUACUGAUUGGGGAUGAUCAGCCAUGAUCACAUUGAAUGGCGGUGCUGGCUUGAAGGCCGAAUGGCCUAAUACUGCACCUAUUGUCUAUUGUCUAUUGUCUAAAUGCCUUACUGAACUCCAUGUAUACAACAUCUACAGCUCUGCCUUCAUCAACCUUUUUGGUCACAUCUUCAAGAAAAUCAAUCAGAUUUGUGAGACACAACCUCCCAUGUACAAAACCAUGCUGACUAUCCCAAACCAGCCCUUGCCCAUCCAAAUGCCUGUAUACUCUAUCCCUCAGAAUACUCUCCAGUAACUUCCAACUACAGUUGUUAAGCUCACCGGCCUAUAGUACCCAACAUUUUCCUUGCAGCCCUUCUUGAAAAGAGGCACAACAUUUGCCACCCUCCGAUCCUCUGGCACCUCUCCUGUAUUUAAGGACAACUCGUAAAUUUCAAACCAGGGCUCCCGCAAUUUCCUCUCUAGUUUCCCACAAUGUCCUAGGAUAUAUUUUAAAUAAUGUAAUGUCUAUUGUCUAUUUUUAUUGGUAUGAGAUCUGGGUUCAAUCCUGACCUCAGGUGUAGUUUGCACAUUCACCCUGCGAUCGAUUGGGUUUCCUCUGGGUACUCCGGUUUCAUCCCACAUCACAAAGAUGUGCGGGCUUGUAGAUUAAUUGGCCUCUGUUAAUUGCCCCAGGUGUGGUGGGAGUGCAUGUGAAAGUGAGAUAACAUUGAACGAGUGUGAAUGGGUGAUUAAUGGUUGAUGUUAACUCUGUGCGCCAAAGGACCAGUUUUCAUGCUGUAUCUUUCAAUCAAUUCAAUCUACAAACAACUAAAGAUAUAUUGGGGAGCACCUAAGAAAAUACUCAAAUAAAAACAAAUAAUUUUCAGAAGAUCUUACCAACUCCUAUAAUCACACACCUAUAAUCUGCAUUAAAAUGCCUUUGAGCAUUCAUGAAUAGAGAUUCAAAAAAUAUAGCAGACAUUGCCAAAAGAAAAUCUAGUCUGAAUCAGCAAAACAAAAUCUAUAUUCUUCAAACAGCAUCGAUAGUAAAGCUUGAACAAAAUGGACAUAACAUUUAUCAGGAACUAUUUUGUAAACUUCAAUCACAAGUCAGGAGGGAAAUCAACAUUUCCACCCACUAUGUAAAGCAACAUUUUGUAUCAGUCUCAAAUUCUCAACUCUAUAACUUCCUAUUCCAGAUAUAUUGAACUGUAAUUUUGAAAAUGAAAAUAAUCUGCAAACUUUCAAGUAUUUUAUUUCCUGUUAAAUAAUGUAGCAUAUUCAUAUAUUUAAAUAUUCCUCACCUAAUUAUAGUGAAGGGUUACAUAAUCAAUUUGUGUUAUGUAACAUGAUUGACAAUACUGUUGUAAUGCUCAGAAUUAUGAGUGCGCUUUAGGCAUAUCGCGAAAAUUUAUUUUUCUGAUGUUGCAAAUAUUUGGUUAUUUAGAUGUAAGUAAAUACUUUGUUACUCUAUAGUUAUGUUCUGAAUUGUGUGUUGUUCUGGUUUAUAAAGUGAUUGUGAAAUUGUAAGUAAAUAAAAAUGAGACUUCUAUGUAUUAGUUGUUUCUUUCUGCAGUGCAUCAUUUUAAGACACAUUUUGUGGCAGCAUUAGAGCUAAAAAAGGGACAAAGGAGUAAGAGGCAUCAGAAUAGUUGGGAUGUUAAGAUUUCCAGUGAUCCCGGAUCUCACUGAAAGUUGGAAAAAUGCAACCAAACCAUACAUUACUCACUCAAGUUAGUUUGCUAUGUGUCAGUGAUGGAGUGUGUGAAUGGUUGUGGUUGGGGUGCCUAUCAAACAGGCUGCUUUGUCUUGUAACUUGAAAAGCUUCUUGAAUUCGGCAAGUGGAGAGUAUUCUAUCACAUUACUGACUUGAACCUUGCGAAUGGUGGAUAGGUUUUGGGAAGUCAGGAGCUGAGUUACUCUCUGCUGAACUCCUAGCCUCUGGUCCACAUUUGCAGUCAGAUUAUCUAAAUAACUGUCCCAGUUCAGUUUCUGAUCAGUGGAUUAUUUAUCGCGGAGGAUUCAGUGAUGAUAAUACUGUGGAUGUA